UCACAAGGCUCUUCUGCGUCUCCCCAGCCGCAGGCGCAGGCCCGAGCAAUCCGGCCGCCCAGCGGGUGCAGGUGCGGACGCACCGGCCAUCACCGCGCGCGGCUGCGCAGCGGGCACCGUAGGCACCGGUCUCUGGCUCCCGGGAGCGGGGCAGCCACAGAACCCAAGGCCAUGUCCCAUGAAAAGAGUUUCUUGGUGUCUGGGGACAGCUAUCCUCCCCCAAACCCUGGCUAUCCUGUGGGGCCCCAAGCCCCUAUGCCUCCCUAUGUCCAGGCUCCCUACCCUGGCGCCCCAUACCCACAGACCCCUUUCCAGCCCUCUCCCUAUGGUCAGCCAGGGUAUCCCCAUGGUCCCAGCCCCUAUCCACAAGGUGGUUACCCUCAAGGACCCUACCCUCAAGGAGGCUAUCCACAGGGGCCAUACCCACAGAGCCCCUUCCCCCCCAACCCCUAUGGACAGCCGCCACCCUUCCAGGACCCUGGCUCACCUCAGCAUGGGAACUACCAGGAGGAAGGACCUCCAUCCUACUAUGACAACCAGGACUUCCCUGCUGUCAACUGGGACAAGAACAUUCGCCAGGCCUUCAUCAGAAAGGUGUUCCUGGUGCUGACCCUGCAGCUGUUGGUGACCCUGUCGACUGUGGCCGUUUUCACUUUUGUUGGGGAGGUGAAGGGCUUUGUCCGGGAGAAUGUCUGGACCUACUAUGUCUCCUACGCCAUCUUCUUCAUCUCCCUCAUUGUCCUCAGCUGUUGUGGGGACUUCCGGCGAAAGCAUCCCUGGAACCUUGUUGCUCUGUCGAUCCUGACCGUCAGCUUGUCCUACAUGGUGGGCAUGAUAGCCAGCUUUUACAACACGGAGGCGGUCAUCAUGGCCGUGGGCAUCACCACAGCUGUCUGCUUCACCGUGGUCAUCUUCUCCAUGCAGACCCGCUAUGACUUCACCUCGUGCAUGGGCGUGCUCCUGGUGAGUGUGGUGGUGCUCUUCAUCUUCGCCAUACUCUGCAUCUUCAUCCGGAACCGCAUCCUGGAGAUUGUAUACGCCUCACUGGGCGCUCUGCUCUUCACCUGCUUCCUGGCAGUGGACACCCAGCUGCUCCUGGGGAACAAGCAGCUGUCCCUGAGCCCAGAAGAAUAUGUGUUUGCGGCCCUGAAUCUGUACACGGACAUCAUCAACAUCUUCCUAUAUAUUCUCACCAUCAUUGGCCGUGCCAAGGAGUAGAGCAAGCCCCAGCUCAGGUGGCAUGGUUUGGCUUAGACCCAUGCCCCUGGCAUGACAAUGCCAUCUGUGCUUCCCUCUCUCUGAUCCCUGGGCAUGGCCUGGAGCAGAGGGAGCCCCUCUCACCCUCGUGUAUGUACUCUGCAAUUACUUAACGUUUGGACCCUCUACGGCCACAGCAUGGCCCCUUUAACCCUUUUGCCCUUGCCAAGGGGUGACAGGGCUGCAUUUCUGUGCCACCUUCUGUCCACUCAUUGUUGCAUGAGCCCUGUCUGCCAGCCCCAUUCCAGGGUCUGGGAUCAGCACCAGGUCCCAGGGGAGAAGGAGCAUACCAAGAGGUGAGGGUGCACGUCUUCCCUCCUGACCCAGCUCCCCUGGCAUAGAGUACCCGUGUCCCCUCCCCACCCUGCCUUCUGAGGGGCAUGCAGGGUGGGGUCUCAUUCUCGUGCUGAGCCCCAAGAGCAGAGAGAAUGGCAUGCUUCAGGGGAGGAGGCUCUCUCGUGCUGCCAUUGUUAAAAUGCCAAUAAAGGGGAAUCUUCUGCUC